AUGCGGAAGGAGGCUUUCUGUGCAGAGAGAGGCACCAACAAGGGAUAUCCUGAAAAUAUGUCAGAAGCUUCAUCCUACCAUGACUUUUUCUAUGAUUCUCCGUCAGACAUACAGAAUGGGGAAUUUUCAAAUGAACUUUCUGCCUUCCUUACCCAGGAGGAGAUAUGUAAAAGCCUUGACAUAGCUCGAGAAGCCAUUGCCAAUUCCAUGAAAGAGGAUCAGAAUGCAGGGCCAGACUUCACUCAUUAUUUGAACACCUCUCUUUCUAGCACUUCAGAAAAUCCUUCUUUCAGCGGUACCAAACAGCACAAGCAAGAUGCUAUACUGAGGCCUCAAGCAAGCAGUCUGGCUUCAUCUGCUGCAAGUCACGUUCUCCCAGGGAAUCAGAAACAGCAAUCCGCUGCACCUCAAACAGCAAGUAGUUUUGUCACAGUUUCCAGGAGGCAAGCAAGCACCUCACCUUCGCUUGCUGCUAGUCCUAGCUUCAUUAGAAGCCUGAAACAUUCGGAGAAAGAUGGUCCAGGUGUGCCUAAGACAAACCCAAAGUCUGAAUCAACAUCACAGGGAGAAGUUCCUUUCAGGAAUAAGCUGUGUGACAAAGCUGCCACAUUCAUAGAGGAAUUGUCAUCUAUAUUUAGACAGGCAGCAAAGACAAGAGGCCGAAGUCCUGAUGGGGACUCUUCUUCUCCAGACAGUGGAUACCUGUCUCCUAAACAGAAACAGCUAGCUGUAAGUACUUCAGCAAACCAGGAGUUUGACAAGCCACAUCAAGAGACUGAGCCUGAGGCAAAAUUACCUGGGGUUCAUCUGAACGGAGAACACUUUUCUGAAAGAGAGAGCAUCACUCCGAGCGAAAUGGUCCUUUGCCACCCCUUCAGCAACAUGGAAGAGAAUCAGUCUUCACCACCUCAAUUCACUCAGAAGCUCCGGAGCCAGGAAGUUGCUGAAGGAAACAAAGUAUUGCUGGAAUGCAGAGUUGCUGGCAACCCAGUCCCUGAUGUCAGAUGGUUCUGUGAAGGAAAAGAACUGCAGAAUACCCCUGACAUUCAGAUCUGUUCUGGAAGUGGAGGACUUCAUUCGCUAAUUAUAGCAGAAGCCUUUGAAGACGAUACUGGACGCUACACUUGCCUGGCUUCAAAUUCUGUUGGUUCAGAUAGUACAUCAGCUGAAAUAUUCAUUGAAGGUGCCAGUUCCACAGAUUCAGAGAGCGAAAGUUUAACUUUCAAAUCAAAAUCUGGAGCUAUGCCACAGGCCCAAAAGAAAACGACCUCUGUUUCCUUGACUAUAGGAUCUUCUACGCCAAAGUCUGGAGUCACCACAGCUGUCAUUCAACCUAUUUCUGUGCCUAGUCAGCAGGUUCAAAGCCCUACUUCAUACCUGCACCGUGUAGAUGGACCUAAGCCUAUCCAUUCUGCACCCAUUUUUACAAAGGAGCUACAAAACUCCACAGCCUCAGAGGGACAAGUCGUGGUAUUGGAAUGCAGGGUCAGAGGACCCCCUCCCAUUCAUGUUAAGUGGUUUCGACAGGGCAUUGAAAUUCAAGAUUCUCCCGACUUCAGAAUUCUCCAAAAAAAGCCACGAUCUGCAACUGAACCUGAAGAGAUAUGUACCCUUGUAAUUGCAGAAACUUUUCCUGAAGAUUCAGGACUUUUCACAUGCACAGCAACAAAUGAACAUGGUUCAGUAACAAGCAGUGCACAACUAACUGUCUGCUCAGCCAACACAGAAAGCUCUAGUCAUGAAUCACUAACAAGAGAAUCCAACAGUGGUGAUUUCCAUCAUUUCCCACCACUUCCUCCAGCUGAAAUUAGCUCUCUUGAGCUUCCUCCUAAGAAGCAUACAGAGACUCACCAAGCAAACAACACUGAGUUGAGAUCUGGUGUGACAGCCUUUCAACUGCAGCUCAAUUCAUCUGAAGAAAAAACAAAUGGCAUCCAUCCCAUUCAUGGAGUAAAUGGAAUGAUUAACAGCAAGCCAAAUGGUGAUAGAUCCAUCCCACCUCCAGCUGUCUUGCUUUCACCCACAAAGGAGCCCCCACCUGUGCUUGCAAAACCAAAGCUGUGA